AGCAUCGACAGAGUUUGCGACAAACGUGCUUCAGUACUCGAUCAAGUGUACCUCUCAUUUCUCUUUUCCCUUUGCUGCGCGCACCGACUACCUUUUCGUUUCUCUUAAUCCACAUCCCCGCUCUUUCACGUAAGCAAGUCGAGGAGAGCAAAAAUGUCUGACUACGGUGGCGGAUACCGACGUGGGGGGUACGACAGGGGCUACGGCGGCGGUCGCGGUCGUGGUGGCGGCGGCUACGGCGGUGGCAGCCGCGGUGGCUACGGGGACCGCGGGUACAACGAUCACUACGGCCACGGCGGCCUCGGCGCCAAUCUCCACCGCGUCGACUGGGAGGCGGUGCAGAAGGUGGCGACGCAGUGGAACUUCUACAAGCCGCAGAAGCCGCGCAGCGAGGAGGAGAUCGCGCAGUGGCUGCGGGAGAACAGCAUCACCAUCUACGGCGAUCGCGUGCCGCAGCCCAUGCUGGAGUUCUCCGACUUGGUGGCCCCGGACGCGAUCCAUCAAGGCUUCGCCGAUGCGGGCUUUGUGUCGCCGACGGCCAUUCAGUCCGUGGCGUGGCCGAUCCUGCUGAACUCGCGCGAUAUCGUCGGCGUGGCGAAGACGGGAUCGGGUAAGACGAUGGCCUUCAUGAUUCCCGCGGCGCUGCACAUCAUGGCCCAGCCACCGCUGCAGCCUGGCGAUGGCCCCAUUGCCCUCGUCCUCGCCCCGACCCGCGAGCUGGCGGUGCAGAUCGAAACGGAAACACGCAAGGCCCUCAGCCGUGUGCCGAACAUCCUGACGACGUGCGUGUACGGUGGGGCGAUGAAGGGGCCGCAGCAGCGAGCCUUGCGUGCCGGCGUGCACGUCGUGAUCGCCACCCCCGGCCGUCUGAUCGACCUGCUGGAGACGAACUGCACGAACCUUCUGCGUGUCACCUACCUGGUGCUGGAUGAGGCGGACCGCAUGCUGGACAUGGGCUUCGAGGACCAAAUCCGCAAGAUUUGCUCGCAGAUCCGCACCGACCGGCAGACGCUCAUGUUCUCGGCGACGUGGCCGCGCGAGAUUCGGAAUCUGGCAGCGAGCUUCCAGAAGGAUUUCGUCCGCGUGCAUAUCGGCUCCGAGGAGCUCGUGGCGAACGCGGAUGUCCACCAGCACGUCCUGGUCGUCGAGGGCUACCACAAGGAGGAAAAGUUGGAGGAGAUUCUGCGCCAGGUGGGACCGCAGCGGGUGCUGAUUUUUGUGAAGACAAAGAAGUCCGCCGACAUCCUGCAGGACCGUCUUGGCCGCGCGCUGCGCCAGACCGUGUUGGCGAUUCACGGCGACAAGUUGCAGUCCAGCCGCGACUACGUCUUAGACCGCUUCCGUAAAGAUAACCAUGCCAUUCUCGUGGCGACCGAUGUGGCUGCUCGUGGUCUCGACAUCAAGGACCUGGAUGUGGUCGUGAACUACGAUAUGCCCCUUAAUAUUGAAGAUUACGUGCACCGUAUUGGUAUGUUGAACUGGUUUCCAUCGAGCCUCCUCCCUUCCGCUGCUCUUCUUUUUUCCUCCGCUGCUUUUCUUCUUUGUACUACCGUUUUUGUCUUUUCCGGCCAAUUUCUCCCCUCCUGUGCUCCGCCCCUCCUCCUCCCCCCCCCUUUCCUUCAGCCGUGUGCUGUUACUCUCCUUGUACGCGUUUUGGCGUUGUCGUGGACGGACGGCGAUCGACGCCACCGCGAAAGAGGAGGAAGGGGGGAGGGGACUGGCAAGAGAUGA